AUGACUGCUGUUUUCUUACAGGACGCUUGCUUGAAACAUCGUUUCAUCCGCUCCCGAGACUCUUCAAAUAUUGUCGAACGUCCUGAGCGGCUGCGAGCCGUCAAACUUGGUGUAUCUGCUGCUAUCGCAUGUCUAGAGGGUUCUAUUCCUGUGGGAAAACAGGUACCCGAGGAUUCUUUAGACAGCGAAAGGGGGUCGCCACUACGCGCUGCUGAUGUUUCUCAAGUUGAAGCUGGGGCUGAAGCAGAUAUACUAGCUGAAGCCAUGGGUCGGAUGAACAUAGCCCCCGCAACAAGUCUCGAAGAGUUUCCCUUGUCCCGGUCACUGCGAAUCCGUGUUUUUAGAAGCUCCGCACAGAUCAACAUACUCAACCACGCAGCUGUGAAAUUUGUUCACGGCGACAUAGAUGGGGACGUCUACUUGGAGAAGUUGAAGGUCUGGGCACGGGACAGCGCUGAAAAGAUUGCUGCGGGACAAUCUGAGAUCCCUGAAGGCCUCUCACAAGGAGAUCUAUACUUGUCCCCAGGCUCUUUGGAUGCCAUGCAAGGGGCUCUUGGCACAGUAUGCGAAGCUGUAGACACUGUUAUACAUUCAGGCCUCCCCAACACGUCGGAAGAACAGUUGCCUCCAGCGCGGAGAGCCUUUGUAGCCAUCCGACCACCAGGUCAUCACUGCGGUGAGGAUACACCAUCAGGAUUCUGCUUCUUGAAUAAUGUUGCCGUUGCCGCCGCGUAUGCUCAUUUGACUCACGGGAUCCAACGGGUCGUCAUUUUCGAUGUCGAUCUACAUCACGGAAACGGAACGCAGUCAAUCGCGUGGCAGAUCAACGAGGAAAGCUACAGAGAAAAGCUCGAGUCUGAAUUUUCAGGACCUGGCACCCCUUCUUCCAAGCCAGGAUUACAAGUCUAUUACGGCUCCGUUCACGAUAUUUUGUCCUACCCCUGCGAGGAUGGGAAGAUAGAAUUGGUGCAAGCCGCUUCCGUCUCCAUCCAUGGCCCUCACGGUCAGUACAUCGAAAAUGUGCAUUUGGAACCAUACGAAUCGGAGGAACAAUUCUGGAGAUCCCUCUACGAAGGAGCUUACAGCCGAUUGCUCAAGAAGGCCCAGCAAUUUCUCGAAAGCACUGGCGGCAAGUCAGACGAAACCAUGGUAUUUAUCAGUUGUGGCUUCGAUGCUUCCGAGCAUGAGUAUGCAUCCAUGUCUCGACACGCGCGAAAGGUUCCUACAUCAUUUUUUCACCGCUUCACGCAAGAUGCGUGCAGUUUCGCCAACAAAUGGGCAUAUGGCAGGCUUGUCAGUGUUCUCGAAGGCGGUUAUAGUGACAAGGCACUGUCGAGUGGAACGAUGGCGCAUAUUCUUGGGUUGGUAGAUGGCGGAUAUGGCGACGCGGUGUCCAAGACGGAGGAACGACAACCGUGGUGGAGCAAGGAUAAUGUCAAUUUGCUGGAGAAAUUAUCAAAGAAACGUCGUGGCCCGAAGACAUCCAUCUCGACGGCAGAUCCCGACACAAUAGCGUUCCUUGAUCGUACAACUGCCCUCUUAUCCCUGUUCGAUCCCGCGAGCAAUUACCUGUCGUCCGUCAAGGAUACCCCCGUGCCCCCUUCUUCUAUGUCGUUACGGAGUCGAAGAAAGGCGGACUCGUCGUCUUCAGCUGCGAUUCGAGCAGAACAUCAAACCUUCACAAAAUCGGAUGCAAGGAAGACUGGCACGAAAGACGAGUCUUUGAGCUCGAGCGCAUCUAUGUCCACAACGUCUGAAUCUGACAUGUCACCACCAGUUAUGGCGAAGAAGUUGCCCAAGGUGAUCUUAAAGGUUGGACCGCCACCGAAGAGAUCUAUUUGA